CCCACAGAAUGGAAAAGGAGCCAUCCAACACUAUAAAGAGGUUUAACCCUGACUUUCACCCUCAUCUUUCCUUCACACCGGCGGCGGCUGCUAAGCUUGGAGAGCGUUGCAAUGUUAAACUGGUCAUGCUGGGAGUAGAAGCUUAUUGCACGUGCAUUUACUUGAAUAAAGUCGUUCUGUUUGCCUGCUUACACACUUACAAUGUUGUGAUUCUCAAGCGCUUAUUUAUGAGCAAGGUUAACAAGCCUCCACUUUCGCUUUCUAGGCUUAUCCAUUUCAUGAAAGGAAAGUCCCAGCAUUGGAAGUUGCAGCUCUGGUGUAUACUGAGACAGCCAGGGCAAGGAUCGAAAAGGCUGGCAGGAAAUGUUCGACAUUUGACCAAGCUUGCUUUGAGGGCUCAUCUGGGUCAGAACACGGGGUCUGAAUCAUCCAUUGGCUCCAUCUGCACUUUGAGGUCCUAAGAACUCUCGGGAGGCAGUGAAGCAUUUCGGUCCUGCACCGGGUGUACCACACAGCCACUCCAAGCCAUAUGUGAGGUCCAAUGGAAGGAAGUUUGAGAGAUCUAGAGGAAAGAGAAACAGCCAGGGGAUCUAGGGUUUGAUUUGAUGUUUACUUUUUCAAGCUAAUUCAAUGCCAGUGUGUUAAUUCGAAAUUCACUAUCCAAAUUUUGCUAGAUGUUGGUUGCGUGUCUGUUGGUUCAUCUCUUAGGGUUUUGCCGUAAUAUUGUUGAUUAUGAAUCGAUCGAAUAAGUGGGACUUCGUAGAGUUUCUUUGGCCAGAUUGUGUGAUGGCCAUUUUCUGUUCUGUUCAUUUAAGAUAUAUCGAACCAACUGUGUGUAAUUAAAGAUGGAGGCUGAGAUAUUGUCAUUUGAACUUGCAAUAGUGUUUUUUCUUAUAAUCUAAUGUGUAGGGGUCAUGUUCACUGCCA